AUGUCCUCACCUUUUCUUUUUAGUUUGGUUACUUUAUUGACACUUGCUGAAUUAGAUGGUGAAGCCGGUGGACUUCAGCUGCAGCAGCAAAACAGAAACGCUGAUCUCCAACAGCCUCGGAUGGCUACAGAGAGGGGAAAUUUAGUGUUUCUUACGGGGUCAUCCCAAAACAUUGAAUUUAGAACUGGAUCCCUAGGAAAAAUUAAAUUAAAUGAUGAAGACCUCAGUGAAUGUUUGCAUCAGAUCCAGGAAAACAAAAAUGAUAUUAUAGAUUUAAAAAGGAAUGCAACUGGUCUGCCUCAAAAUAUAUCUAGUCAAAUCCAUCAGCUCAACUCCAAGCUUGUGGAUCUUGAGAGAGAGCUUCAAGACUUACAGCAGACAGUUGACACAAAAGCUUGCAGCAGCGACCCCUGCCAAAAUGGUGGAACCUGCCUCAAUCUGUACGACUCCUUUUUUUGUAUCUGUCCCUCACAGUGGAAGGGUUCUCUCUGCUCAGAUGAUGUUAACGAAUGUGAGAUUUACUCAGGAACACCCUUUAGCUGCCAGAAUGGAGCCACGUGUAUAAAUACAUUGGGGAGUUACAGUUGUCACUGCUCGCCUGACACAUACGGACCCCAGUGUGCCUCCACAUACAAUGACUGCGAAGGGGGCUCUAAAGAGCUCUGCGUCCACGGCAUCUGCGAGGAUUUAGUCCGAGAGCAAGUUGGAGAGCCCAAGUACAGCUGCAUCUGCGAUGCCGGGUGGACGUCCCCGCUGAACAGCUCUGCCUGCACACUGGAUAGGGAUGAGUGCAGCCUCCAGCCCGCGCCUUGUUCCACACUUGUGCAGUGUUUCAACACGCAGGGCUCUUUCUACUGUGGGGCCUGUCCAACAGGCUGGCAAGGAAAUGGAUACAUUUGUGAAGACAUUGAUGAAUGUGAGAUAAACAAUGGCGGCUGUUCUGUGGUUCCACCUGUUGAGUGUGUGAAUACACCUGGAUCUUACCAUUGUCAGGCCUGUCCACCAGGGUACCAGGGCGAUGGCAGAGUGUGCACACUCAUAGACAUCUGCUCGGUCAACAAUGGCGGCUGCCACCCAGACGCAUCGUGCUCCUCAGCUCUAGGUUCCUUGCCUCUCUGCACAUGUCUCCCAGGAUACACCGGAAACGGUUAUGGGUCAAAUGGCUGUGUACAACUCAGUAAUAUGUGCCUAAGUCAACCCUGUUUAAAUGGAGAAUGCAUUGAAACAGUCUCUGGUUAUUUGUGUAAGUGUGAAUCAGGUUGGGCUGGUGUCAACUGCACAGAAAACAUCAAUGAGUGUUUGAGCAACCCCUGUUUGAAUGGAGGAACUUGUGUUGAUGGCAUUAAUUCUUUCAGUUGUGAAUGCACACGUUUCUGGACUGGACCUCUGUGUCAGAUUCCCCAGCAAGUUUGUGGAGGUUCCCUCUCAGGGAUAAAUGGAAGCUUCAGCUACAGGGGCCCUGAUAUUGGUUAUAUUCAUGACGUUAACUGCUUCUGGCUUGUCCAAACGGAAGUGGGAAAGGUCCUGCGUAUCACUUUCACUUUUUUCCAGUUAGAAUCAGUGAAUAAUUGUCCACACGAGUUUCUUCAGAUUUAUGAUGGAGAUUCUUCUGCGGCUUUUCAACUUGGGAGAUUUUGUGGCUCCAGCCCCCCGCCCGAACUCUUCAGCAGUGACAACGCUCUCUACUUUCAUUUCUACUCUGAACAUUUGAGAAACCAGAGAGGUUUCACAGUAAGAUGGGAGACGCAGCAACCAGAGUGUGGAGGUAUACUGAGUGGUACUUAUGGUUCUAUACAAUCUCCGGGGUAUCCCGGAAACUACCCCCCAGGAAGAGAUUGUGUCUGGCAUGUUACAACCAGUCUUGACCUCCUGAUAACAUUUACUUUUGGGACUUUGAGCCUGGAGCACCAUGAUAAUUGCAGCAAAGAUUAUCUUGAGAUUCGAGAUGGUCCUUUGCGUCAAGACCCUGUUCUGGGGAAAUUCUGCAGCACUCUCUCUGUCCCACCACUCCAGACCACAGGGCCCUUUGCCAGGGUUCAUUUCCAUUCUGACACCCAGAUUAGCGACCGAGGCUUCCAUAUCACCUACUUAACAUCCCCUUCGGAUCUGCCUUGUGGAGGGAACUACACAGACCCAGAGGGUGAAAUACUCCUUCCAGAGCUGUCUGGACCUUUCCCUCACAACAGGCAAUGCAUCUAUAUCAUAAGGCAGCCUCAGGGAGAGCAAAUACAAGUGAACUUCACCCACGUGCAGCUGGAAAGCCAGAGUGGCUGUUCCCAGAGUUACAUAGAGGUUCGAGAUGAUGAAACCUUACUUGGAAAAGUCUGUGACAAUGGAACCAUCUCUCACAUUAAAUCCAUCACCAAUAGGAUCUGGAUAAGGUUUAAAAUAGACGCUUCUGUUGAAAAAGCUAGUUUCAGAGCUGUUUAUGAAGUUGCUUGUGGGGGUGAAUUAACUGGAGAAGGGGUCAUUCGCUCGCCCUUUUAUCCUAAUGUGUAUCCUGGAGAAAGAGUCUGUAGGUGGACCAUCCACCAGCCCCGAGGCCAAGUAGUUCUUCUCAACUUCACUGACUUUGAAAUUAGAAGUUCUGCCCACUGUGAUACGGAUUAUAUUGAGAUCGGUAGCAAUUCCAUUUUGGGUUCCCCUGAAAAUGAAAAGUAUUGUGGCACAGACACACCUUCGUUUAUAACAUCCGUGUACAAUUUUCUUUACAUCACAUUCGUGAAAAGUUCUUCUACUGAAAAUCGUGGUUUCAUGGCUAAGUUCAGUACUGAGUAUUUGGCAUGUGGAAAAAUUCUUACAGAGUCAACAGGAGUCAUUCAAAGUCCUGGCCAUCCAAAUAUCUACCCCCAGGGUAUCAACUGUACCUGGCAUAUAUUAGUCCAACCUGACCACUUGAUUCGUUUGAUAUUCGAAAGAUUUCAUUUGGAAUUUCAUUAUAAUUGCACAAAUGACUACCUGGAAGUUUAUGACACUGACUCUGAGACAUCUCUUGGGAGGUAUUGUGGAAAAUCAGUCCCACCUUCUCUUACAAGCAGUGGCAACUCAUUGAUGCUGGUAUUUGUGGCUGACUCUGACCUUGCUUAUGAAGGCUUUUUAAUAAACUAUGAGGCAAUCGAUGCAUCAACAGCAUGUUUGGAAGACUACACAAGUGAUUUUGGGACAUUAACUUCUCCAAACUUCCCCAAUAAUUACCCCAACAACUGCGAAUGCAUUUAUAGGAUCACAGUGAAAAGCAGUCAACAGAUUGCAUUGCACUUCACACACUUCUCCUUGGAGGAAGACAUUGGUGGACAAUGUGUGUCAGAUUUUUUGGAAAUCAAAGAUGGAGGCUAUGAAACUUCACCAUCACUAGGAAUAUACUGUGGCUCAAAUCUACCUCCAGAAAUUAUCUCUCAUAGUAACAAACUAUGGUUAAAAUUUAAGAGUGAUAUGAUUGACUCAAGACCUGGAUUCUCAGCUUACUGGGAUGGAUCAUCAACAGGCUGCGGGGGCAACCUCACCUCAUCCAGAGGCACAUUCAUGUCUCCCAACUACCCGAUGCCCUACUACCACAGCUCUGAGUGCUACUGGUGGUUGAAGUCCAGCCAUGGCAGCCCGUUCGAACUGCAGUUCAAAGACUUCCACUUGGAGUACCAUCCAAACUGCACUUUAGAUUACCUGGCUGUAUAUGAUGGCCCAAGUACCAGCUCCCAUCUACUAACUCAGCUUUGUGGGGAUGAGAAACCACCUCUUAUACGUUCUAGUGGAGACAGCAUGUUUUUACAACUGAGGACAGAUGAAGGGCAGCAAGGACGUGGCUUUGAGGCUGAAUACUGGCAGACAUGUGAGAACGUGUUAAUAGUCAAUCAAACCUAUGGCACCUUGGAGAGUAUAAAUUACCCAAAUCCUUAUUCCAACAAUCAGCGUUGCAACUGGACUAUCCUUGCAACAACUGGCAACACUGUGAACUACACGUUUGUAGCAUUUGAAUUGGAAUAUUACACAAACUGCUCCACAGAUUAUUUAGAGCUCUACGAUGGACCGCAGAGGAUGGGGCGCUACUGCGGAGACAGCCUGCCCCCUCCAGGGAGUACCACAGGCUCCCAGCUUCAAGUGCUGUUCCACACCGAUGGGGUUGGCUUCAAUGAGAAAGGGUUUCAGAUGCUGUGGUUCAUUCACGGUUGCGGUGGGGAGCUGUCCGGAGCCACGGGAGUCUUCAGCAGCCCCGGGUAUCCUAGCAGGUAUGCACCCAACAAGGAGUGUAUCUGGUACAUUAAGACUGCCCCCGGGAGCAGCAUUCAGCUCACCAUCCAUGACUUUGACGUGGAGUAUCAUGCAAGAUGCAACUUUGACGUCCUAGAGAUCUAUGGAGGCCCUGAUUUCCACUCUCCCAGAAUAGCCCAGUUGUGUGCGCAGCGAUCAUCGGAGAACCCCAUGGAGGUCUCCAGCACUGGAAAUGAGCUAGCAAUCCGAUUUAAGACCGACAGCUCUGUAAACGGGAGAGGCUUCAACGCCUCAUGGCAAGAGGUCCCUGGAGGUUGUGGUGGGAUUUUCCAGGCUCCCAGUGGAGAGAUUCAUUCUCCAAAUUAUCCCAGUCCUUAUAGGAGUAACACAGACUGCUCCUGGGUUAUUCGGGUUGACAGAAAUUACCGUAUUCUCUUGAACUUCACUGACUUUGACCUCGAACCUCAGGACUCUUGUAUUAUGGUGUAUGAUGGUUUCAGCUCCACAACCACCCGCCUCGCCAGGACAUGUGGAAGACAGCAGCUGGCUAACCCCAUCACCUCUUCAGGAAACAGCCUCUUUGUGAGAUUUCAGUCUGGCCCUUCCAGACAGAGCAGGGGCUUCCGAGCUCAAUUCAGGCAAGCCUGCGGAGGCCACAUCCUCACCAGCUCUUCUGAUACCAUUUCCUCUCCAUUGUUCCCUGCCAAGUACCCACACAAUCAGAACUGCAGCUGGAUAAUUGAAGCUCAGCCUCCAUUCAAUCAUAUUACCCUCUCCUUUACCCACUUUGGACUUGAAGGCAGCACAACCUGUGCACACGACUUUGUAGAAAUUCUGGAUGGCAACCACGAUGACGCGCCCCUCCGAGGCCGUUACUGUGGCACCUCCAUGCCCCACCCCGUCACGUCCUUCAGCAGUGCCCUGACGCUGAGGUUUGUCUCUGACUCCACAGUGAAUUCCGAUGGUUUCCACGCUACAUACGCUGCGUCAUCAUCAGCUUGUGGUGGGACCUUCUACAUGGCUGAAGGCAUCUUCGACAGCCCUGACUACCCAGAAGUUUAUCCCCCGAAUGUGGAAUGUGUCUGGAACAUAGUCAGUUCCCCUGGCAACCGGCUCCAGCUGUCUUUCAUAUCUUUCCAGUUGGAAAACUCUCAAGACUGUAGCAGAGAUUUUGUGGAGAUCCGAGAAGGAAAUGCCACAGGUCGCCUGGUGGGACGAUAUUGUGGACACGCCCUCCCUCUCAACUAUUCAUCCACUCUUGGGCAUAGCCUCUGGGUCAGAUUUGUGUCAGAUGGCUCAGGCAGCGGCAUAGGCUUCCAGGCCACCUUUGCUAAAAUAUUUGGCAAUGAUAAUAUUGUGGGAACUCAUGGGAAAAUUGCCUCUCCUUUCUGGCCUGGAAAUUACCCCCAUAACUCCAAUUACCAGUGGAUAGUAAAUGUGAAUGAGUCUCAGGUUGUCCACGGUAGGAUCUUGGAGAUGGACAUUGAAGCGAUACAAAACUGCUACUAUGACAAAUUAAAGAUUUAUGAUGGGGCUGGCGCUCAUUCCCGCCUAAUUGGAACUUAUUGUGGUACUCAGACUGAAUCUUUUAGCUCCACUGGAAAUUCUUUGACGUUUCAGUUUUCUUCUGACUAUUCAGUAUCAGGGAAGGGAUUCCUUCUGGAGUGGUUUGCAGUGGAUGCUCCCAUGGGACCUUUACCUACCAUUGCUCCAGGUGCUUGUGGUGGGUUCCUGAGGACAGGAGAGGAGCCAGUCUUUCUUUUCUCCCCGGGCUGGCCAGGCAGAUACAGUAAUAAUGCCGAGUGUAGCUGGCUCAUCCAGGCUCCGGAUUCUACUGUGGAACUCAACAUCCUUUCCCUGGACGUUGAAUCUCACCCAGAGUGUGGCUACGAUAACCUUGUGAUAAGAGACGGAGACAACAACAUGGCCCCGCAGCUAGCAGUUCUCUGCGGCAGAGAGAUCCCUGGGCCCAUUCGGUCUACUGGAGAGUAUAUGUUCAUCCACUUCACCUCUGACAUCAGUAUAACCGGGGCAGGCUUCAAUGCAUCCUUUCACAAGAGCUGUGGUGGAUAUUUGCAUGCAGACAGAGGAAUUAUCACUUCCCCCAAGUAUCCAGAGACCUACACGCCCAACCUCAACUGCUCUUGGCACAUCCUGGUCCAAAGUGGUCUGACCAUUGCUGUCCAUUUCGAACAGCCCUUCCAGAUUCCAAAUGGAGAUUCUUCUUGCAACCAGGGGGAUUACUUGGUGCUAAAAAAUGGACCUGAUAUCUACUCUCCACCCUUGGCGCCCCCUGGAGGAAAUGGCCAUUUCUGCGGCAGUCACCCCUCCUCAACUCUGUUCACCUCGGAUAAUGAAAUGUUUGUUCGGUUUAUUUCUGAUAAUAGUAAUGGAGGGCAAGGAUUUAAGAUCAAAUAUGAGGCAAAGAGUUUAGCCUGCGGGGGCAACGUCUACAUCCACGAUGCUGACUCUGCUGGCUACGUGACCUCCCCCAACUACCCCGAGAAUUAUCCCCAGCAUGCUGACUGCAUUUGGAUCAUAGCGGCGCCUCAGGGGAGGAGCAUAAGGCUUCAAUUUGAGGAUCGAUUCAAUAUUGAAGUAUCACCCAACUGUACUUCCAACUUCCUCGAGUUGCGGGAUGGAGUUGAUUCCAAUGCACCAAUACUUUCCAAAUUUUGUGGGAUGUCUUUACCCAGAAGUCAGCUGUCCUCAGGAGACGUCAUGUAUUUGAGAUUCCAGUCCGACAACAGCCCUACUCAUGUGGGGUUCAAGGCCAAGUAUUCUAUAGCUCAAUGUGGAGGAACAGUAACAGGGCAAGCUGGCGUCAUUGAAAGCAUUGGUUAUCCAACACUUCCAUAUACAGACAAUUCAUUCUGUGAGUGGCAUCUCCAGGGUCUCUCAGGACACUAUCUCACCAUCUCUUUUGAAGAUUUUGACCUCCAGAAUUCCUCUGGCUGCGAAAAAGACUUUGUGGAGAUCUGGGACAACCAUACUUCUGGAAAUAUCUUGGGCAAAUACUGUGGAAAUACCAUUCCUGACAGCAUAGACACUUCUAGCAACGUUGCUUUGGUCAGAUUUGUUACAGAUGACUCUCUUACUGCCUCCGGAUUCAGACUGCGGUUUCAAUCCAGCUUGGAAGAGUGUGGUGGGGAUCUGCAGGGCUCUACCGGAACAUUCACUUCCCCCAACUACCCGAACCCAAAUCCUCACAGCCGGAUCUGCGAGUGGAGAAUCACUGUGCCGGAAGGAAGGCGGGUCACCCUAACGUUUAACAACCUGAGACUGGAAGCUCGCCCAUCCUGCGACAGUGAGCAUGUGAUAGUAAGUGUCCUGUGUAUGUGCGGCGGGUCUCUCACAAAUGCCCCUGGAGGAAACUUCACUUCUCCUGGCUAUGAUGGAGUCAGUAAUUACUCAAGAAACCUAAACUGCGAAUGGACUCUCAGCAAUCCAAAUGAGGGAAAUUCAUCCAUUUACGUUCAUUUUGAAAAUUUUUACCUAGAAAGUCACCAAGACUGUCAAUCGGAUGUCCUUGAGUUUCGAGUGGGUGAUGCUGAUGGGCCCCUGAUAGGGAGAUUCUGUGGCCCUUCAGGGCCUACAGUGCCACUGGUUAUACCUUAUCCUCAAGUGUGGAUACACUUUGUCACCAAUGAACGCGUAGAACAUGUUGGAUUCCAUGCAAAAUAUUCCUUUACAGAUUGUGGUGGAAUACAGAUAGGAGAGAGUGGAGUGAUCUCAAGCCCCAACUACCCAAACUCUUACGACCGCUUGACCCACUGUGCUUGGUUGUUAGAGGCCCCACAAGGAUACACCAUCACUCUCACAUUCAGUGACUUUGACAUUGAAUCCCAGACGGUUUGUGCCUGGGACUCCGUCACUGUCAGGAAUGGUGGCUCUCCUGGAUCGCCCAUAAUAGGACAGUACUGUGGAAAUUCAAACCCCAGUGCAAUCCAGUCUGGUUCUAACCAGCUGGUGGUGAUUUUUAACUCAGACCAUUCCAUAGAAGGUGGUGGAUUUUAUGCUACGUGGAACACACAGACUUCAGGUUGUGGUGGAAUAUUUCAUUCAGAAAAUGGUACAAUCAGAUCCCCUCACUGGCCUCAGAAUUUUCCCGGAAACAGCAGAUGUUCCUGGACAGUCAUUACUCACCAAAGUAAACACUUGGAGAUCAGCUUUGACAAUAACUUCCUAAUCCCCAGUGGUGAUGGACAGUGUCAGAACAGCUUCGUGAAGGUGUGGGCAGGAACCGUGGAGGCCGACAAGGACCUGCUAGCCACGGGCUGUGGGGACGUGGCUCCUGCUACCGUCAUCACCCCAGGCAGCGCAUUCACGGCUGUCUUCCAGUCUCAGGAGACGCCAGCUCAGGGCUUCUCUGCAUCCUUUGUAAGCCGAUGUGGAAGAAAUUUCACUGACCCUACAGGUUACAUCAUUUCUCCAAACUACCCAAAGCAAUACGACAACAACAUGAAUUGCACCUACAUCAUAGAGGCUGAUCCUAUGUCUGUGGUCAUCUUGGUUUUUGUGUCUUUCCAUUUAGAAGCUCGCUCAGCUGUGACAGGAGGCUGUGUCAAUGACGGUGUGCACAUCAUCAGGGGUAGCAGCGUGGCGGCCACCCCUUUGGCCACCGUGUGUGGUGAUGAGAUGCUGGCUCCUGUCACCAUGGCUGGCCCAGUGCUGCUUAACUUCUACUCUAACGCGCAGAUCACAGACUUUGGAUUCAAGUUUUCCUAUAUGAUAAACUCCUGUGGUGGUGUGUUCAAUUUCUCCCAAGCAAUCCUCAAAAGUCCCGCCUAUUCCUCUGCAGACUACCCCAACGACAUGCACUGUUUGUACACCAUCAUCGUCAGUGACAACAGAGUGAUUCAGCUCAAGUUCAAUGAUUUUGAUGUGGUUCCCUCCACCUCCUGCUCCCAGGACUACUUGGCAAUUUAUGAUGGUUCCAACACCAGUGAUCCCCUUCUUGGCAAAUUCUGUGGUUCCAAGCAGCCGCCAAAUAUUAAGAGCAGCAAUAAUACUAUGCUCCUGGUGUUCAAGACAGAUUCAUUCCAAACAGCAAGAGGCUGGAAGCUAUCUUUCCGGCAGACAUUGGGACCUGAGCAGGGAUGCGGUGGUUAUCUGACAGGUUCCAAUAAUACCUUUGUCUCUCCUGAUGCUGAUUCGAAUGGAAGAUAUGACAAGAAUUUAAACUGCGUAUGGUUCAUAAUUGCACCUGUAAACAAACUAAUUAAACUCACCUUCAGUACAUUUGCUCUGGAGGCAGCAACUUCUAUGAAAAGAUGCCUUUACGAUUAUGUAAAGUUAUACGACGGGGACAGUGAAAAUGCCAACUUGGCUGGAACGUUUUGUGGCUCCACUGUACCUGCGCCUUUUAUCUCUUCUGGCAACUUCCUUACAGUUCAAUUUGUCAGUGACCCAACUUUAGAAAGGGAAGGAUUUAACGCGACAUACACCAUCGUGGACAUGCCUUGUGGAGGAACAUAUAAUGCAACUUGGACCCCGCAAAAUAUUUCAUCAUCCAAUUCAUCAAACCCAGAUGUCUCAUUUUCCAUCUGUACUUGGGUCAUUGAGGCUCCUCUGCACCAGCAGGUCCAGAUAACCGUGUGGGCACUACAGCUGAGCUCACAAGACUGCGCGCAGGAUUACUUAGAGUUUCAGGACUCACCACAGAGUAAUGGGAAUCCACGAAUCCAGUUCUGUGGCGGAAAUGCUUCGGCCGUACCCGCGUUCUAUUCUUCUAUGAGUACUGCAAUUGUCAUUUUCAAAUCUGGAGUUUUCACCACAAACUCUAGAGUGAGUUUUACCUAUCAGAUUGCAGAUUGCAACAGAGAAUAUAACACGGGAUUUGGCAAUCUGAGAAGUCCUGGAUGGCCGGAUAAUUAUAACAAUAACAUGGAUUGCACUGUUCUUCUCACGGCCCCACAGAACCACGCCAUUUCCCUCUUUUUUCAUUCAUUUGCCAUCGAGGACUCAAGUGAAUGCAGACAUGAUUUCUUGGAGGUAAGAAACGGAAGUAAUAGCGAUUCACCACUCCUGGGCAAGUACUGUGGAACUCUGCUGCCAAAUCCUGUCUUCUCCCAAAAUAAUGAACUCUACCUGCGAUUUAAGAGUGACGGUGUAAUUUCCAGUCAUGGAUAUGAGAUCAUCUGGACCUCAUCACCCUCCGGCUGCGGUGGGACUCUGUAUGGAGACCGGGGCUCCUUCACCAGCCCCGGCUACCCGGGCACGUACCCCAACCACACGCACUGCGAGUGGACCCUCACGGCUCCUGCCGGGAGGAUUGUCACCGUCAGCUUCUACUUCAUCAGCAUCGACGACCCGGGAGACUGCGCCCGGAACUAUCUCAUCCUCUACGACGGACCCAGCGCUGACUCUCCAUCCUAUGGACCGUAUUGUGGCGCCGACACCAGUGUAGCCCCCUUUGUGGCGUCCUCAAAUCAGGUCUUCAUUAAGUUUCAUGCCGAUUCUGCAGCGCGUCCGUCCGCGUUCCAGUUAACUUGGCACAGCUGA